AAACCAGUAAAUUACUUCCUUGGAGAUGACGGUCGCGCCCCGUCGUUAGGGGCACUGCUGUGCGUAACACAGGCCAGAAAUUAAUCCAGGACAUAGAAGAGGUUUAGUUGGUAAUAGGCGUUAUCAGCAAUAGUUACAAUGCCUCAAAAUGCAGUAGUAAUCGUGCGCUACGGCCCUUAUAAAUCGUGUGGCAUCGUGGACCACAGAACGUUUCGUCUGAUUGGCCUCCAAGCUGCAUUGAAAGAGAAUGGACAUCAAAGUGUAUUGGAGAAAAUGUCUGAUUGGAACAAGGUGGAACUUGUGGUCAAUGGAGAAUGUGUCUACACAUGCAGCAUAAAACAACUGGAGUUUGGAGGAGAUGGGAAACUGGACCCCCUAUGCAAGGAGGCCGUCACUGCUGUGCAGAAUGCAUACUGAGAUACACCCACACUCUACCAGGAGAUUGGUCAAUGGGAAGAAUCUAGGCAAAUCUAAUAGUAAACCUGAAGAGAAGCAC